GACCACGCCACUCUUCCCCGGGGACUCCUACUGGACCCCCACAUUCCCCGGGGACUCCUACCGGACCCCCACAUUCCCCGGGGACUCCAACUGGACUCCCACAUUCCCCGGGGACUCCUACUGGACCCCCACAUUCCCCGGGGACUCCUACUGGACCCCCACAUUCCCCGGGGACUCCUACCGGACCCCUCACAUUCCCCGGGGACUCCUACUGGACCCCCACAUUCCCCGGGGACUCCUACUGGACCCCCACAUUCCCCAGGGACUCCUACAGGACCCCUCACAUUCCCCGGGGACUCCUACUGGACCCCCACAUUCCCCGGGGGACUCCUACUGGACCCCCACAUUCCCCGGGGACUCCUACUGGACCCCCACAUUCCCCGGGGACUCCUACUGGACCCCCACAUUCCCCGGGGACUCCUACCGGACCCUUCACAUUCCCCGGGGACUCCUACUGGACCCCCACAUUCCCCGGGGACUCCUACUGGACCCCCACAUUCCCCGGGGGACUCCUACAGGACCCCCACAUUCCCCGGGAACUCCUACUGGACCCCCACAUUCCCUGGUGACUCCUACUGGACCCCCACAUUCCCCGGAGGACUCCUACCGGACCCCCACAUUCCCCGGGAACUUCUUCAGGACCCCCACAUUCCCCGGGGGACUCCUACUUGACCCCCACAUUCCCCGGGGACUCCUACUGGACCCCCACAUUCCCCGGGGACUCCUACCGGACCCCUCACAUUCCCCGGGGACUCCUACUGGACCCCCACAUUCCCCGGGGACUCCUACUGGACCCCCACAUUCCCCAGGGACUCCUACAGGACCCCUCACAUUCCCCGGGGACUCCUACUGGACCCCCACAUUCCCCGGGGGACUCCUACUGGACCCCCACAUUCCCCGGGGACUCCUACUGGACCCCCACAUUCCCGGGGACUCCUACUGGACCCCCACAUUCCCCGGGGACUCCUACCGGACCCUUCACAUUCCCCGGGGACUCCUACUGGACCCCCACAUUCCCCGGGGACUCCUACUGGACCCCCACAUUCCCCGGGGGACUCCUACAGGACCCCCACAUUCCCGGGAACUCCUACUGGACCCCCACAUUCCCUGGUGA